UUAAAAAGUUGUUUUAUUUUUUUUUAUGAGUUACGCUAUUAGAUAAAAAGAAAACGCUUUGCACGUGACACUGACAACAUUAAAGAUACUGCCACGUGUUUGGCUUUACAGUUAACUGAUAGAACGACGUCGUUUUAAGCAUUUGCACUGAAUCACUGCGAGAGUCGGCUUCCCAACCGAAACCCUAGGGGCUAGACCAGUCCCCCUUCGUGCUCUGCAGAAAAUGGAAGCAGUGGAGGCCGAGCGAAAUGACCAAAACACCCCGGCUCCUCCUCCUCCUCCUCUGACUCUCUCCAAAAACGCUCAGAAGAAGCUGUUGAAGCAGCAGAGGAUGGAAGCGAAGAAGGCGGAGAAGAAAGCGGCCAUGAAGGAGCAGAAGAAGAAAGAAGCGGAGCGGAAGCGGAAGGAGUGGGAGGAGAUGCUUGCGAGCGUCGACGAAGAAGAGAGAUCAAAGCUGAUAGAGUCACGAAAAUGCCUCAGAAAGGAGAGAAUGGAGAAGAGGUCGGAGGAGAGGGAGAAGAAGGUCCAGAGACUUACCAAUGCCAAAGAACACGGCCAGAACAUCGUCGUUGAUCUCGACUUCUCUGACCUUAUGACGCCUAACGAAAUCAAUAGCCUUGUUCAACAGAUUAUGUAUUGUUAUGCGGUGAACAGAAGAUGUGCUUCUCCCUGCCAUCUCUGGUUGACUGGAUGCAAUGGGAAAAUGGGAAGUCAAUUGCAAAGGCUUCCAGGAUUUGAUAAGUGGAUAAUUGAGAAGGAGAAUCAAUCAUAUAUUGAAGCAUUGCAAGAUGAGAAACACAAUCUGGUAUAUCUCACAGCAGAUUCAGAAACUAUUCUGGAUGAACUUGACCCAAAGAAAAUAUAUAUUGUUGGUGGUUUAGUGGAUAGGAACCGGUGGAAAGGGAUAACAAUGAAGAAAGCACAAGAGCAAGGUAUCCAAACUGCAAAACUCCCUAUCGGGAAUUACUUGAAGAUGUCGAGUUCCCAGGUCCUCACUGUAAAUCAAGUAAUAGAGAUACUCCUCAAGUUCUUGGAAACCAAGGAUUGGAAGGCUUCAUUCUUUCAGGUGAUUCCCCAAAGGAAAAGAGGUGGAGCUGAUUCAGAAGAUUGCCAGGGAGAAGUAGAAGAAGGAGAAGAAAACGAAGAGGGAGAAGACCAACUAGAGAUGAAAAAGAUGCGCACUGAAUCCCCUUCCAAUGGCUAGAGGAAUUUACUGACACAUAACUUUGAUUGCCCUUGAAGCAGUUUUUGCCCCUCAACAUAGUUUGUUCAGAAUAAUUAGAAAUCAGUGCUGUAAAAUGUUAUUCACCCGGUUAUUGUCAAGAAGAGCCCUUUUGUUUC